AUGAAAGGGAAGGGGCGUGCUCCCGGUUACCUGGCGGGCCUGAGAGGCCGCUCUCCCGCCUCCGCCCUGGACGCUCCUGCACUGCAGACUCCCCCGAGUCGGGGGCCCCGGACCCCAGGGCUCAGAAGGACUCAACCAGGACUUUCCAAAAGUUGCCGCGGGGCCUUCCAAUCCCCUCUUCAAAGAAGAAACGGUGUCCUGGCCUUUGCCAGCGGUACCCCACGUUCUCCGAGCCGGCUCUGUCUCUCCUCCCUCCUGACAGCACCACAAGUGCGGCCAUCUCCCAAGUCUGGCCAGGCUGAUGGAGCCAGCGAGGAUUCUCUGCACCUUGACAUUCAGAAACUGAAGGAGAAGAGGGACCUGCUGGACACGGAGAUCUCCCAACUAAUAUCUGAAGGCUACAGUGUGGAUGAACUGGAGGACCACAUCUCCCAGCUCCACGAGUAUAACGACAUCAAGGAUGUAGGCCAGAUGCUGCUAGGCAAGCUAGCCGUGAUCCGAGGUGUCACCACCAAAGAGUUGUAUGCAGAAUUUGGCUUGGACAUGAAUGACUGAGCAAAGGCUAACAGCCCCUUGCCCAUGGCCCACUGGGACAGGCAGAUUUGGACAUGAGAGGCAACGCGAGCCCAGCCAGAACAGAACACCCACAGGCUUCCCAGCAAGAAAGGGUCAGGAGCCCUUUUCUAGAGAGCUCAAGCUGAGUUUGGAGGGAGCCCAGAGAAGAGGCAGACAGAGAAGAAGGGCUGUUCCCUGGUCCAAGUUUCCUGAAAUGUCCAGUGAUAUCUAUAUGUGUGUGUGUGUGUG